AUGGCGAAGAACGACGCGUCGUUGCUGGAAUCGGUUGACGAGUUCCUGAAGCGGUGUGAGCAAUCGGGCGACGCCGCGUACGGCGCUCUGAGAUCAGUGCUGGAGCGUCUCGAGGAUCCGAAAACCCGAAGUCGUGCUCGGAUCUUCCUCGCCGACCUCCAGAAACGCUUCCCUACCAAGGACGACUGCGACCGCUGCUUCCGCACUUACCAUUUCCAGAUUGAGGACAUUUUCUUUGAUCAGUAUCAAGGUUACCAGGGAAGGAAGAAAUUGACAAUGAUGGUUAUCCCGAGCAUUUUUGUUCCAGAAGAUUGGUCCUUCACUUUUUUUGAAGGACUAAAUAGACAUCCGGACUCUAUCUUUAAGGACAAGACACUUGCUGAGCUUGGUUGUGGAAAUGGUUGGAUAUCCAUUGCCAUUGCUGAGAAGUGGUCGCCGUCAAAGGUUUAUGGCCUUGAUAUCAAUCCUAGAGCAGUCAAGAUGUCAUGGAUAAAUUUGUAUCUUAAUGCUUUGGACGAGAAAGGUCAGCCCAUCUAUGAUGCGGAGAAAAAGACCUUGCUGGACAGGGUUGAGUUUCAUGAAUCAGAUCUCCUAUCAUAUUGCAGAGACAAUGAUAUUCAACUAGAACGAAUUGUUGGUUGCAUCCCUCAGAUUCUUAACCCAAAUCCAGAUGCAAUGUCUAAGAUGAUAACUGAGAAUGCAAGUGAGGAAUUUCUACAUUCAUUGAGCAAUUAUUGCGCGCUUCAGGGUUUUCUUGAGGAUCAAUUUGGCUUAGGUCUAAUUGCUAGGGCCGUGGAGGAAGGAAUAACUGUCAUUAAACCUAUGGGGAUAAUGAUCUUCAACAUGGGGGGGCGUCCUGGACAAGCUGUUUGUAAACACUUGUUUGAACGCCGUGGCUUUCAGGUUAACAAGCUUUGGCAGACUAAAAUUCUACAGGCUGCAGACACAGAUAUAUCAGCAUUAGUUGAAAUAGAAAAGAACAGUCCACACCGUUUUGAGUUCUUCAUGGGACUUUCUGGAGAUCAGCCUAUUUGUGCUCGAACUGCAUGGGCAUAUGGAAAUGCCGGUGGUCGAAUCUCGCAUGCCUUAUCAGUUUACAGCUGUCAACUUCGCCAACCAAAUCAGGUCAAGACAAUAUUUGAGUUUCUUAAGAAUGGCUUCCACGACAUCAGCAGUUCUUUAGAUUUAUCGUUUGAUGAUGAUUCUGUGGCUGAUGAGAAGAUUCCCUUCCUAGCUUAUCUGUCCAGUGUUCUGAAAGACAGUUCUUUCUGCAAGUAUGAGCCACCAGCAGGAAGCAAACAUUUUCGUAACCUCAUUGCUGGAUUUUUGAAAACAUAUCACCGUGUUCCACUCAAUACUGAUAAUGUUGUUGUCUUUCCUUCAAGGGCUGUAGCGAUAGAAAAUGCCCUUCGGUUGUUCUCACCUCGUCUUGCAAUUGUUGAUGAACAUUUGACGCGCCACCUUCCAAGGAACUGGUUAACGUCUUUAGCAGUUAAGUGUGCAGGAACUGAUAAUCCUGCAGAGGAUUCACUUACAGUUAUUGAAGCGCCUCGACAGUCUGAUUUGAUGAUAGAGCUUAUAAGGAAGUUGAAGCCGCAGGUGGUGGUUACUGGGAUAGCCGAUUAUGAGUCUGUUACUAGUUCAGCCUUUGUACACCUUUUAGAUGUUACAAGAGAAAUUGGAUCUCGUCUUUUCUUAGACAUAUCUGAUCACUUUGAGCUAUCCAGCCUUCCGAGUUCCAAUGGAGUCCUCAAAUAUAUAGGAGGGACUGUUCUGCCAUCCCAUGCAGCAAUUAUAUGUGGCUUAGUGAAAAACAAGGUUUAUUCAGAUCUCGAAGUAGCUUUUGUAAUUUCAGAGGAGGAGAAUAUUUUCAAGGCCUUGUCGAAGACUGUUGAACUACUAGAAGGGAAUACAGCACCAAUUAGUCAAUGUUAUUACGGUUGUCUUUUUCAUGAACUUUUAUCUUUUCAACUUGCUGACAGACACCCACCUCCACAGAGGGAAUGCACAUCAGUUAAAUCAGCAGAGAUGAUUGGUUUCGCUAGCUCAGCAGACUCUGUUCUUAAUAAUGCCGAGUUGGCAAUUAAUGAGGCUGGGAACUCUUCCCUGAUUCAUAUGGACGUGGAUCAAACCUUCUUACAUGUUCCAUCACCUGUCAAUGCUGCAAUUUUUGAAAGCUUUGCCAGACAGAACAUAGCUGAGUCAGAAAUAGAUGUCACCAGCAGCAUUAAGGAAUUCAUAAAGAGCAAUUAUGGUUACCCACUUGGUAGCAACACCGAAUUUAUAUAUGCCGACAGCUCACUAGCUCUAUUUAACAAGUUGGUUCUUUGUUGCAUACAAGAAGGGGGGACAUUGUGCUUUCCUUCGGGCUCAAAUGGAAACUAUGUCUCCGCUGCAAAAUUUUUAAAAGCAAACAUUGUAAAUAUACCUACAAAGAUCGAAGAAGGCUUUAAACUGACAGACAAGGGUCUCUCUGGAGUCCUAGAGACUCUGCAUAAACCAUGGGUCUACAUAUCUGGACCAACAGUUAACCCAACUGGUGCGCUAUACAGCAACAAAGAGAUUGAAAAUUUACUGUCUACCUGUGCCAAAUUUGGCGCCAGGGUUGUGAUUGACACUUCAUUCUCGGGUUUGGAAUUUGACUUGGAGGGUUGGGGUGGCUGGAAUCUGGUGGACAGUUUGUUGAAGUUAUAUUCUUCUAGCAAGCCAUCCUUUUGUGUCUCUCUGCUUGGGGGAUUGUCUUUGAAGAUGCUGAGUGGGGGUCUCAAAUUUGGGUUUCUGGUUCUGAACCAGUCUGCUAUGGUGGAAACAUUUUAUAGCUUUCCAGGAUUAAGCAAACCUCAUAACACUGUUAAAUAUGCUGUGAAGAAGCUACUGGGUCUGAGAGAGCAGAAAUCAGGAGAUCUCUGGGAUGCCAUUGCUGAACAGAUAAGAAAUUUGAAGAGUCGAUCGAAGUGCUUGAAGGAGACGCUGGAAAAGAGUGGAUGGGAUGUGCUUGAAUCCUAUGGUGGUGUUUCCAUGGUGGCCAAGCCCUCAUCUUAUUUGAACAAGACUGUAAAGUUCAAGCAAUAUAAAGAUGGAGGCAGCACUGAAGAUGGAACAGUUCAUGAAGUUAAGCUUGAUGACUCUAAUAUCAGGGAGGUUGUUCACAAGGCUACGGGAUUAUGCAUCAAUAGCGGCUCCUGGACUGGAAUUCCUGGCUAUUGUCGUUUCACAAUUGCUCUUGAAGAAAGUGAAUUUGAGCGGGCAUUGGAUUGCAUUGUUCAAUUUAAGAAGACCAUCAGUAACUGAACGUCUUUAUCAGUCUUGCCUGGAAUCUGAUUCAGUUUUCUUGUUACUUGAAUGAGCUGGUCCGUCACAAGCCAAUCCUCUGUCAGCUUUCAAAAUUAAUCACAAGUAUGGUGUGAAUUUGUGGUUUUCCCUUACACUAUACCAAGCAAAGCAUUCUUCUCUCCUUGUUCAUUGAGCCUGAGAGCUUCAGGUUGUCACUGAUAUUUUCUCCUUUGUGCUACGUGGAACAUCCUCACUCAGUAACAUAUACUUAUAGUUGAGUGUAGGGUUUAGCUUCUCAUCUUUAAUGGAUUUGGUCUUUUGUUUUCUGACUAUCCCAGUUUUUGCUAUAAAUCGGGUUUUUAGGGGGUGUAAAUCACACCUUCAUGCAUC